AUUGGUGGUUAGGUGAUCCUGAAAAUAAGUAUUUUAAAGCAGCUGAAGAAGCAAUUGAACAAGAAUGGGGCAUAAAACCAUUAUAUAUAAGAGAAGGCGGAUCAAUUCCAGCAGUAAGCUGGUUAGAAAAAAGAUUCAAUGCAAUAACUAUAAAUUUACCAAUCGGUCAGAUUUUCAAACAAUUAUAA